AUGGGUUUCUCUGACGGACGCCUAUCCUCAUUUCAGGCUCCCUCCCCCCAAGUCCUGCCGACAGCGGAGUGUCGGACGUGGACAGCAGCAGCGGAACGCUGGCAACGACGAGUCCAGGCACGGUUACAAAGCACACCUGUUCCACCCCCGCUGACUCCUGAAUCUCCAAGCCCGAGCGGACUGGGCUACAUCCCCCCGUACUGCCAGACAGGCGUUACACCUCACGCAUCUCAGCACUACAGCAACCGGCCUCCAACAUCAGUUGCCGAACUGCAGCACAUGUUCCCACCCCAAGCUCACUACCGGCCGGGAGGUUCUCUUGGCUCCGUGGUGCCUCACGGGGGUAGCACCCAGGCCAGCUACCUUGAGGCAGCAGCUCUCAAGAGCCCAAGCCACACCCUCGCCUACCCCACACCUCUGGCUCAGCACCAAGGCCUGCCAUUGACACUGACCCCGUGUGGGAGCUUGCUCCAUCCACCUGGCAUCCCCACCCCAGUGAUCGCUCACACACCCAGCGAAGAUAUGGGAUACUUUGUUGAGGACCUCUCUUUCCAGCCACCUACCAAAAAGAAAGGAAGGAAACCAAAAGCAAUGCUGCACGAUGCAGGGGGCCCCCUGAGUGGCCUGGCUUCCUCCUCGUCCUCGUCUUCUCUGAAGCAGCAACGCAAGAGCCGUGAAGGAUCGACCACGUACCUGUGGGAGUUCCUGCUGAAGCUGCUUCAGGAUCGUGACUACUGCCCCCGUUACAUCAAGUGGACCCACCGUGAGAAGGGUGUCUUCAAGCUGGUUGACUCCAAGGCUGUCUCCCGCCUGUGGGGCCUGCACAAGAACAAGCCCGACAUGAACUACGAGACCAUGGGACGGGCGCUCAGGUACUACUACCAACGUGGCAUCCUGGCCAAGGUCGAUGGACAGCGUUUGGUCUACCAGUUUGUCGAUGUACCCAAAGACAUUGUGGAGAUCGACUGCUCGGGGGCGUGACUGGGUGGCGCCAACACCCUGCAAGUGCAGAAUCUGGGACCCCAUGCUACGUGUCUGUGAUGAGGAGAGUCUCUGCCGGCAACCCCCUCUCCACAAGAUAAACAACCCCUACCCCUCCCUUCCUGGCCCAAACCUGCUGGAGCGGGAUUCUGGUGCAAAAGAAGAGAACAUCUGUGCGGGUGCAGAGGCCACUCCACGAUGACAGAGACAAUGGACAUUAUUAUGUUACAACAAGUGAGAGUGGUUUCGCUGCACUUCGGGCCCUCAGAACCCGCCCCAACGACCACAAGUCCCAAAUGGUGCUGCAAGCCCUUCGAAUAGCUGCUGCUUGGAACUUUGUAUUGGCCUUGGCAGUCACUAUUUAUGUGCGGUCUUGAUCGGGGCUGCUGGCUUUGCCUGCGGAGGAAGGAGUACCUGUGCUUUUUUUUUUUUUUCGGAUGGGACAUCCACUGCCUGUGGCGGCCUACUGGUGGACAGGAAUCCAUGUUUCAGAGAUAUCACAAAGCUAUUAUCGACAGAGAGGUACAGAGAGAUACUAUAUAAGAGAUAUACUACCUAUCACAGUUCUAUGUGGACACAGAAUGGUGUUUUCCUUGUGGGUGCAGACCUCAGUUAGAAGAGCUUCUUUUACCAGGGUGAGAGAUAUGAGCCAUGAUUGUCGGUCAUUGGAGCUGUCGGUUUAGUCGGACCUUUUCCAUUGCUUUAACAGGUCAACUUUGACAUACGUGUGUCAUCUUAGCACUUCAUCUGAAACGUUGCACAAUUUGAAUACACAAAACAGCCUAGCUAGAAAUCCUUUACUUUGUCCUACUUUGAACAAAAGGACACGAUUAGAGAACUGGCAACAUAUUGCUCAUACUGUAUGCUCAUAGCGUCGCUGACGAAACAAGGCAGCUCCAAUGCUAGUAGUGCAAGAACAGUGUGCCUGCAGUUUUUACAAGUGUGCAGCAGAAGCGAUCCCUUAGCCAUGACAUUCUUCCGAAGUUCGCGCUUGUACAGCAGGUGUGAAGCAAAUUGCAUUGCUGAUGGGAGCACUCUUAGCAGUCACUGGGCAGAACAAAAGCACCUGGCACCAGAGGAAUUGUCGUGUGUUUGUUGUCGUUGCUCAGAAAGCCUGAGCUCACCAUGUCUGCGCCUGGAACAGAAUUGUGUCCCGUGAUAUCCCCUCUUUGUGCCGAUGUUUCUGGAUGUGUCCUUUGUUCGUUUCCUGCUCCACUUUGUUGUCGUGUUAGGUGCCUGGCCACUACUGGCUGACCAGUAUGGUGUUGUGUUACAAGGAAAUCAAAAUUUCAAUGAUUGGCUCCCACAUACCUACUUUACUGCAUCUCUUCACACAGGAAUGCAGUGAAUGGCAAAAAAAAGAAGCAGAAUCGUCUAAUUCAGAAAAGAAGCAGUGUGUAGCAUGGCUGCGACAUGCAUGUUUGUUGAAGGUGCUGCGUACAGACCUGAGUGUUUUGGAAACGCCGUCACAUGCCGUCCCCCGAUUGCUGGAUACAAUCCACAGCCUUUGGAAGAAUAGGUGGAAAGUGCUUUGAAGUGAAGUGCCGACAGGAAAGUGCUUGAGACUCUUUUUGAAGUGAAGGUCUCCGUGUGAGAACGUUGUUGAGUUUGAGGACGAGUCUGUUGCAGAGUUUAUAUAAAGAAUGCAUAAAGCAAAUAAAUUCUAGUAGCAACCACUUUACACAAACCACAUUGUACAUAAGCUCAGAAUUAUUUGCACACGCCUCUUUUACGAGUGCACGGGGUGGUAUUGGUCCCAACGUGGCAGGGGACUCUGGAAUUAUUGGGGCUAGUUUUAUUUUUUUGCUCAAAAUUCCUUAUCCAUGCGACUGCGUUCUCCGAGUAGUCUUCAGUGAAUUUCUGCCUUGUCUUUCUGGCUGCAAGCUCCAAUAACUUUUCAAAACUUGCUUGACAGCAGGCGAUCCAAAUUAAACUUGAAAACCUAGAAUUACUAGAUGUCUUAGCAAGUCCAGCUGUAGACCUCGAAGAGAAACCAGAGUCCUCGUGACGUUUUUGGGACCCCUACGGCGGCUGAGGGGUGGCCAGAAAACACCGAGUGAUCCUUCCAGUUUACAUUAUUGUACAUAUUAGCCAAUGACAUCAGAACAUAAGACAAUGUGAACCAAUGCUGUACUAUACAGUUGUGUGCACUAUGUAUCUCAAGUCACAAAAAAAAGCAUUUUCAUUGUGGUUUACUUAAUUGAAAGACGUUAUCCUCCAAGAGAAGCAGUGGGAGAGACACUUAAAGAUAUGUGUGUGCUUCACAAGGAUGUGUUUUUCUUUUAGCUUCAUCUUCGCAAAAAAAUAGAUGCCUGUACAUCUUGGGGGUCUUUUCUGUUUUGGUAACAUUGCUUCACCUGUGUCCCCCCGUUUCUCUCGGCUCCGCUCCCUACACCUUUUUUUUUUUUCUUUUGCUCCAUGCAUUGUAUAAACAUGCGACAUCAGUUUUGGCAUACGUCACCUCUCCCCCAAGCGGGCAGAGACAUGGAAGUACACUUGUGAGAUUCCAUGCUUUUAAAAUAUAUUUUCAUGUGUUGUGCUUUGUACAUACCUAUGUCCUAAUAAAUUUAAUGUACUACUUUGGGAAAAA